AUGGCUUUGGAAGCGGCCCUCAUGGCUGCCAAAGUGUCCAUCCACGACAACGGGGACUCUGCUCAGCAGCAUUCCGGCGGCAGCGGCGGCGGCGCUGCGGCCGGCAGCGGGGAGCCCGGCCCAGUGCGCGGCGCCGGCGAGCGCGGCGGCGGCGGCGGCGGCGGCGGCUGGGCAGGCGGGGCGAGCGGCGCUCUUUACAGGGCGCGUGUGAGCGCGGUGCAGGCGUUUGUGAGGGAGAACCGAAUCAAAGAGAUCCACUCUUCAGGCCAGCCCCUGGACGUGUCUUUGGCGGCGCAGCUGCAGGACCUCGUGCGCGACUGCGGCGAGAGCGCCGCCGCCGCCAUCGACAUCACGUCGUCCGAGGCGCUCUGGCCGCUCGGCCGCCCCGCCGCCGGUGCCGCGCCGUCGCCGCCCGCCAACGGCGCCGCGGAGGGCGCGGCCAACGGCGUUGCGCCGCCGGCCGGGCCGGGGGGCCUGUCGCAGGCGCUGGCGUCCGACCGGACCGGCGACAAGCAGAAGUGGCUGCAGGUGCUCGCUGACAUCAGCCUGGGUGACGACCAGAUGCGUGAGCUGCUGCGGCUGCGGGCCGAGCUGCUGGAGGGCCUGGGCCACUGCCUGGCGGAGAGGAGGGCGCUCGCGGAGAGGCUGCUCGCGGGCAGCCUCGGCAUCAAGCCCGAGCCGAUGGCCAGCAGCACCGGCCGCGACGCAGCCGCAAUGCCGCCGCCGCCGCCGCCGGGCGCGGGGCCCAACCUGCAGCAGGGGGGGUACGUGGACAGCGUUGCCCACAGCAGCCUGGCGGCGCGCGAGGCGCUAACCCAGAUGCAGGCGAGUGGAGGGCGUGACCCGGGGGCCCCGCCGCUGGCCAGCCUGUGGGGCGGCUGUGUGUGGAUUGUUGGUCCUGUGCUCUAG